CCCCCAUAAUUUAUCCUCCCGCCGCAACGGUGAAAAAUCAAGGUUUAUUUCUGCAAACUCAGUCGUUUACAAAAAUCAAGGUUUAUUUCUGCAAAUUCGUAGAGAAGGGAGAGAUAAAAUGGGAAAAGAUGGUGAAUUAUGGGAUGAUUCUGCUCUCGUCAAUGCCUUCGAUGAAGCCAUCUCCAAGUACAAGCAGAAAAUGCACAAAAAAGGGUAUAAACAGAAUCCAAAUACUGCUACUGCAGAUGUCAAAACCAGCAGUUCUGAUGCCCCCACUGUAAUUGAUGCUACUCAAGAACUUAGCAGUAAUCCAGAGAAACUUGAUGAGGGGAUUGAUAGUAGUUCACGUGCUAUACCGGAAGUGGAAGAGACAAAAUGUCUGGAAACAGAUAAUAAAGGUAAUGAAGUUGCAGAUUCAGAAGUUCCCGGAGAACACGCACUUGGGUCAAGUAGUUUGCCUCUUCAGGAUCAGUCCCAAAAUUAUUCGACCUCGCUAGACAUGGAUGAAUACAAUCAGCUAUACAAACAGUAUUAUGAAGUUGAAGAGCAAAGGCAAAAUAUUCUACAGAAGCUGCAGAAUUUCAGUAAUUAUUACGCAUAUGAGUCAAAUCCUAGUGAAGUGCCUGUUUCUGGCUUACAGUGGGGCCCCCAUUCUGCUACCCAAGGCCAAGAAUAUCAAUCCUCUACAUGUCAACUGCCGUGUGGGACAAUGGUGGUUUCUUGCUGUCCAUGUGCCUGUCAAAGUUCCAUGGCUUCUUGCUCUUCGUUACCAUGCCCUUUGGCUGGUGUUUCCGCUAGUACUCCUUGUGUUAAUUCUCUGGAAACAAACGAUUUGAAAAAGCAUCCAACAGUUGAAGAUGCUGAUAUUGUCAAGACGGCAAUGGGAGCAGCUGAAAAAGCAAUAUCCAUUUUGAAGAAUAAAACUUCUGACUCCAAAGAGGAAAACAAAAUCAAUGAUGCAGCAGAACAGAGUGCAAAUUCUGGAACAGAUCUAAGCAUAGUCCUUAAUGCGUGGUACUCAGCUGGAUUUUACACUGGCAAGUAUCUAACAGAGCAGUCUCUUGCUAAGAAGCAACAUGAUUAGGUGUUCUUCCUGUAACUCAAGGAAGUUGUUGCGGUGUAUGCUAUAGAAGCAAGUGAUAUUAGCUUCAGUGAACCAUUGGAGUAGACGGCGAUCAAAGUAGAAAUUUUUCAUGGACUUUCAAUCCUCAAUGAUGAAGGCGUUAGAGCUUCGAUGAGCAUUAAUGUUUUUGUGGCUAGCCAAGUUGUUCUAUGUACUUGAGCCUAGACGGCUAGACUUAUCAAAAAGCAUAAUACAAUGGAGUACAAAGCUAUUGCAACUGCUCCCUCCGUCUCUUUUUGUUUUUUACGUUUGAUAUUUUUCACGCGUUUUAACGAUUAAUUUAUUUGCAUCGAGAUUCCUCAAUUUUUUUAUUUAAACAAGAUAAAUUACGUUUA